CGAAGCAUUGCAUUCUGUACAAAGUGUGAAUCGUCAGACUUCAUGCUCGCUCAGCUUCCCAUUGUUUGGCGCACGCUGGCCAUUCCGGGCAUCGUCACUGUCGCCCAUGGUCUCCUCGAUGGGCUCUAAACCUCGAUGCGUCUCGCUCAACCCCAUUCGAGCAAACUCCUGCACCACUCUUCAAUCCCCACUGCUCAUCUCAGCUAUAGGCUCCAUGAAACCGUGGGAUAUCAGUAGUCAGUAGUGACCUUGGGGGCCAUGGAGUUUGCGACUGGGGCACUGGGCACCCUGCUUCCCAAGCUAGGACAGCUGCUCCAAGAUGAGUACAACCUUCAGAAGGGAGUGAAGAAAGACAUCCAGUUCGUCAGGAAAGAGCUGGAGAGUAUGCAUGCCGCCCUCCGCGAUGUCGGAGAGGUGCCACAGGAGCAGCUCAAAGAAGUAAUUAGGAUCUGGGCUCGGGAUGUUCGGGAGCUCUCCUACGACAUGGAGGACAUAGUUGACACCUUCCUGGUGCGUGUCCAGGGCUCCGAGCCUCCCAGCAAAAGGAGUGUGAAAAGGUUCGUCAAGAAGAUGACAAGUAUUGUGAGCAACGCCAAGACUCGCCAUGACAUUGGCCAAGAGAUCAAGGACAUCAAGGAGCGUGUCAAAGACGUGGCCGAGCGACGUGACAGGUACAAGGUUGAUGCUAUUACUCCUACCAAAACCUCAGUCGACCCUCGCAUAACAGCUCUGUACACUAAAGCGGCUAGCCUUGUGGGCAUUGAUAAGCCAAGGGAAGAGCUGAUCUCGAUGUUGACAAAGGAAGAUGGUGGCGAGUCGUCUGUUGAAGAAAGGAUAGUCUCUAUUGUUGGCUUCGGAGGACUAGGCAAGACAACGCUUGCUAGAGCAGUUUAUGACAAGAUUAAACAGCAAUACAAUUGCACGGCUUUUGUGUCGGUGUCUCGUGAUCCUGAUAUUAUAAAAAUUUUGAAGGACUUGCUUUAUGAGCUUGAUAGAAAUGAGUACAUGGGCAUUCACAACACAGCAUUGGGUCAACAUCAUCUUACUGACCUUGUCCAAGAAUUUCUCAAAAAUAAGAGGUACCUCAUUGUUAUCGAUGAUAUAUGGGAUACAAAACCAUGGGAGAUGAUACGAUGUGCUCUACCAGAGAACGGCCAGAAAAGUAGAGUACUCACAACUACCCGCAUAAUUGAUGUUGCUGAGCAUGUUGGUGGUUGCUAUAGGAUGAAACAUCUUACUGACAAGAGCUCUAAAAUCUUAUUCUAUGGUCGAAUAUUUGGCUCUAUAGGCAAUUGUCCUCAACAAUUUUCUGAUAUAUCUGAAAAAGUUUUGAAGAAAUGUGGAGGUGUUCCAUUAGCUAUUGUUACCAUAUCAAGCUUGCUGGCUAAUAAGACAAGAAGUAUUAAUGAGUGGUCCAAUGUGUGUGAUGCAAUUGGUGCCGGAGUAGGAAACAAUCCCGGUAUGGACAACAUGAGGAAGAUAUUGCUGCUUAGCUAUUAUGAUCUAACUCCUCAACUGAAGACAUGCUUACUGUAUCUAAGUAUAUUUCCUGAAGAUUAUGAGUUUCGAAAAACUACAUUGAUUUUGAGGUGGAUAGCUGAAGGAUUUGUCCAACUAGAAGAUGGGAGGCAAAGCUUAUUUGAGGUUGGACAGAGUUACUACCAUGAGCUUCUAAACAGAUGCCUCAUCCAGCCAGGAGACAGUGAGGGGGAUGACUUGUCUCCUCUUAGAUGCCGGGUGCAUGAUAUGGUGCUUGAUCUCAUUUGUUCCUUGUCAAGAGAUGAAAGUUUUGCUACCACUGUAUAUGGUGACUGCAGGCAAAUCACAUCUUCAGAAAACAAGGUUCGCAGGCUCUCUAUCCAUAAUGCUAGCUGGCCUACAAUGAACAUGUCAAAAUUAAGAUCCCUUACUAUAAGCAAUUCUGCUAUAAUUAAUUCAAUGCCACCCUUUUUGUGCUAUCAUCUUUUGCGUGUAUUGGAUUUUGAAAAGUGCAAUCUUAAAGACCAUACAAGUCUAGAGUUUCUUUGUAAAUUAUUUCACCUGAGGUUUCUAAGUCUAGUAGAUACUGGAUACGCUGGUGAGGUCCCAAGGGAGAUAGGGAAUCUACAGUUUUUGCAGACUUUUUACUUCUCUGGAACUUACAUAAAACAAGUCCCAUUGAGUAUCUUGGGGAUGAGACAACUAAUGUGCCUUGCCGUUGGGAUGAAUACAAGGCUGCCAACAAGUGGAUUGAGAAAUCUAUCGUCUCUGGAGCUGCUUCGGAUGAAUGUGGAUUCUGCAUACAUUGCAGAAGAGCUGGGCCAUCUGACGCAACUGAGGGUGCUAAUGGUUGUUCUCAGGAAGGACAAGGAAGGCAGAUGGGAUGAAAGGAUAUGCAGAGUUCUGGUGGGGUCCCUUAGCAAACUGCACAAAAUCCAAACUCUACAAGUAGAAAUCUCAGAUGACGUGGAAGUUCAUCUUGAAGGCUCAGUGGACUCCCCGUGGAAUCUAUCUCAUCUUGUUAUUUUUGGAACCAGUCGGCUGCCGACAUGGAUUGAUCACACAUCAUUUCAACUCCUAUCCCAGCUAUGCAUAAAGGUGGGUCAAGUUGGAAGGGAGGACAUCCAUGUCCUCGGCCGGCUGAAGGCUCUUCGUGUUCUCCACCUGGGAAUGGUUGGCGCCAAACAAGUGUUUGAAAGGUUCAUGAUUAGCGCUGAUGCCUUCCCAUGUGUGACACGGUGUGUAUUCUCGGGGUUUUCGACGGUGCCAUCUAUGUUCCCACCUGGAGCUAUGCCGAGCCUUCAACGGUUUUGUUUUGAUAUAAGACUAGAGGAUUUCGGUGAUGAUAGUGGAUUUACAGUUGACGACCUGGCCUUAUGCCACCUCCCGUCACUACAGAGGGUUUGGGUUUGCCUAGAUGGAGAGAGAGCCAGAGACAUCAAAGAUGUGGCAAUGAAAGCCCUGACGAAAGAGGCACACGCCCACCCGAACCACCCUGAUAUUGAUGUCGGAAUCAAUGGGCAGUGGAGCCAGCUGUGCAGGUAAUGGAAGGAUGUACGCACUAGUUCUAUGGAUUUUCAGCGGAGGACCUCCACCACUACCUACAACAUGUUCCCCCCUUCGAAGAUCUUCACCAAUAUAUGUCCCACUCCCACCUGUUGCGCACGGUCUCCACCUCGUAUGUCGCCAUUGCAGUUGAUUCAUCUACAGCAUUGCCACUGCGUGUGAUCUAGCUUAACUCUGAGAUCACCGUCGAUUGCCCCCGCACUCAAAUAAUUGUGUUAACGUUCUUGUGUAUUUGAUCAUGCUUGCUGGAUCUCUGUAGAUCCACGUCCACCUGGCUUGCUCAAGGUUUCAAUUUACUUGUGCUCUUUAGACCUUCCCGGCCCUCCCUCGAUUCUAAAUAAAUUAUAAAAUAUUUUGGCUUUUCUAUAUACUUAUGUACUUAUAUACAUACUAUGUCUAUUUGCUCAUGCUGGGAUUGGCUUGCUGUAAUAUUGUGGAACAUUAAUGGAGGCACACUCAUAUGCUUCCUAUUAUCGUAGUUUGGAAU